CCUUCUCUCUCCCCCAAAUCCAUCAUUAUUCCAACCUAAUUACACUCACACACACACACAUAUAUUCAUUCAAUUAUUAUAUCAAUUCAAUUGAUCUAAUUUCUUUUGACCUAAUUUUUACAUUUCUUACAAUAGAAGCCUUAACUUCACUGUUCAUGGCGGUUGACGCUGGUGGUUGACGUGGACUUCCGGUUCACUUCAAUCCUCCGAGUCACCGCUUCAAGCACCUGACCGGAAUUUCUUUAAAUUAGGGUUUUAAAUUAUCUAUAUAUACAUUUUUUUUGUGAUGGAACCUCGUGUGGGGAAUAAGUUUCGACUAGGGCGUAAGAUCGGUAGCGGUUCUUUCGGAGAGAUCUACUUAGGUACUAAUAUUCAGACUAAUGAAGAAGUUGCUAUUAAGCUUGAAAAUAUCAAAACAAAACAUCCGCAAUUGCUUUAUGAAUCGAAGUUGUACAAGAUUCUACAAGGAGGAACUGGAAUUCCAAAUGUGAGGUGGUAUGGUGUUGAAGGAGACUACAAUGUUCUCGUGAUGGAUUUAUUGGGACCGAGUCUUGAGGAUUUGUUUAACUUCUGUAGUAGGAAGUUGUCAUUGAAAACCGUCCUUAUGCUAGCUGAUCAGAUGAUCAAUCGUGUUGAAUUUAUCCAUUGUAAAUCAUUUUUGCAUAGGGAUAUUAAGCCAGACAACUUUCUUAUGGGUUUAGGAAGGCGUGCUAAUCAGGUCUAUGCUAUUGAUUUUGGGCUAGCCAAGAAAUAUAGGGACUCUACAACUCAUCAGCAUAUUCCUUAUAGGGAGAACAAGAACUUAACAGGGACAGCUCGGUAUGCUAGCAUGAAUACUCACCUUGGAAUUGAACAAAGUAGAAGAGAUGAUUUGGAAUCACUUGGAUACGUUCUUAUGUAUUUCCUAAGAGGAAGUCUCCCCUGGCAAGGACUGAAAGCUGGGAACAAGAAACAGAAGUAUGAAAAAAUUAGUGAGAAGAAGGUCUCCACCUCUAUUGAGUCUCUAUGCCGGGGAUACCCAACAGAGUUUGCAUCAUACUUCCAUUAUUGUCGCUCUCUAAGAUUUGAUGAUAAGCCGGAUUAUGCUUAUUUGAAAAGAAUUUUUCGUGAUCUUUUUAUUCGUGAAGGUUUUCAGUUUGAUUACAUCUUUGAUUGGACUAUUUUGAAGUAUCAGCAAUCACAGCUUGCCAAUCCUCCAUCCCGUGGUCUUGCUGCUGCUGCUGGAACAAGUUCAGGUAUACCUCCCGUGGCUGCCAAUUCGAAUAGGCUGUCAGGUGGCGAAGAAGUUAGGCCUGGUUGGUCCUCCUCAAAUCCUUCCCGAACUAGAAAUGUUGGAAUGCCCUUCAGUUCUGGAAACCUUUCUAAACAGAAAAAUCCAGCUUCCAGUGAUCCAGCCUUGAGUAGAGAGUUAUCGAGCUCUAAUAUGUUGCAAUCAUAUGGAUCUUCAAGGCGACCUGCUGUCUCUGGCAGCCGUGACCCAAUGCCAAGCAGUGGUGAAGCCGAGCCAUCACUUGGGCGCACAACAGAUGCAAGCCCUGGCGCUCUUCGCAGAGUCACAAGUAGCGGUCAAAGGAGUUCGCCCGUCGUAGCUUCAGAUCAGAAACGCUCGACUACCAGUAAAAACCCGGGGCCCGCUAACAUAAAGAACUUUGAAUCAACUCUCAAAGGUAUCGAGGGUCUGCAUUUUUAAACACAAAGUGAUAACAGGUUUGUUUCAUUUGAUCAGCCAUGGCUUGGCCAUGGCUCGGUGGCUCCUGCACCAUGUAAAUUUUUUUCAAAAGUAAAGAACCCGGAUACGAAUGUGUUGUCUCAGUUCACGCAAUAACAAAGAGGUCUUUGGAGGCCAGAGGCAUUCCAGAACUGUUAUGUUUUUUCAAUACACGUGGUUUUGUGGAAACUGAGAUGCUAUGUUGUGGAUAUCAACUUUGUAAUAUGGAUGUCAACCAUUGUAUGAUUUUUUAUUAAUUCAAUACGAGACUCGUGAUGCUUGUGGUA